GUUUUUUCCUUUAACCAAAAAAUAUCAUCUCCUUUUGUUAUGUUUCUGAUAAACGAACAGAGAACCCACAAGCAUCUCCUCCUCCUUUCCACAUAUACGACUAUAUACAUCCAUAUAUACAUACAUAUGUCUACCUAUACAAACAGAUACGUAUAGAUAUAUAUAUGUAUCUAUCGCCAAUCAAUUGAACGACUUUGAUUUUGCAAGCAUCGAAACCCUAGAUUCUCAAAAUAAAGUUUAAUCUCAACCUAAAAUUACGAAUGAAACCCUCGAAUAUAUCUGCAGUUGUGUGAAUCGUAUUGCGCAUUACCUGUUUGUAUAAAGUUCUGAGAGAAAUGAAAUGAAGAGGUUGUAGGCGAUAUUAGGAUUUGCAUUUGCGAAUUGAAAAUAGUUGAGCUGUUUUUGAAUAGAUCGAAGCUGGAAUUACUGUUGGAUAGCUGUGUAUAAUUCAUCUGAAUGGAAGUUUCUGGAAUUUAGAUUUAUGUUGACCUUGGAAAUUGACGUUUUAGGGAUUUUGGGAUGUUUUGAUCAUGUUAUAAAUUAAUUUGGAUAGUUGGAAUCUUAUUGGAUCGGUUGAUUUGGAAGAAGUUUGUAGAAGAUGAGUUGAAUCUUGUUUAUUGUUGUUGUUGAUUUGUUGUAUCAAGUUUUUGUGGGUGAAGAAGAUUUGAUAGUGGUGUUACUUAUUCGUCGUGAGUGAGUUUAGCUGGUUGCGCGAGUUGUUUUGCGUGGUAUUGCAAAAUGAGCUUGGAGAAUGAAGAUGGAAUCGCCACCAAUGACGUUUCUGGAAUUGGUGAUGAAGUUCGAAAGCAUCCAAAAGUAUCAUAUACAAGAGAGUUUCUUAUGUCACUCAGUGAACUGGAGAUUUGCAAGAAGCUGCCAUCUGGGUUUGAUCAGUUGAUCCUGAGUGAGCUUGAGGACACCUCACGUGGCAUGCAAGACCGGCAAAAAAUACCUGGAAGCUUGCCCUCUCAAGGUUUAAGACGCAACGAUUAUAGUUCGUCUCCACCUACUCGUGGGGAUUCUGAUGGCAAUUCCAGAGGCAUUUAUGGAAGAUGGGAAAGCCGUUCCUCUGGGCGUAGUGAUCGAGAUAGUGAUUCACAAUCAGAUAAAGAUUCAGAUCCUGGCAGACGCUAUGGUAACCAAGCUCGGCGCACUUGGCAGAGUACUGAGCAUGAUGGGCUUCUUGGAAGUGGCUCAUUUCCCAGGCCAGCUGCGUAUGCAUCUGGGACAGCUGCAGCUAAGGUCCGAGCAAGUGAUAACUAUCAACUUAACAGGAGCAAUGAGCCAUACCAUCCUCCUCGCCCCUAUAAGGCAGUACCUCAUUCUCGUACAAGAACUGAUGCAUGCAAUGAUGAGACCUUUGGUUCAAGUGAGUGUGCAAGUGAGGACAGAGUGGAAGAGGAAAGGAGGAGAAGAGCUUCUUUUGAGUUGAUGAGGAAGGAACAGCAGAAGGCUCUUCAAGAGAAGAAGAAACCAUAUGCAGAGAAGCAUACAACUGAAUAUGACUCAGAAAUCUCGGUACUGCUGGAAGAUGAUAAAAAGGAUCGGGGGCUUCUGGACAAGAAUAAUGAAGUAGAUAUAAUGGCCAGCCAGCCUAUCACAAACAAGGAUUUCGGAAGAUCAUCUUCCUCUUCACAGAAUCUCCCAUCUAGACCGCUUGUGCCCCCGGGCUUCAAAACCACUGUUUCGGAUAAGACUUCUGGCUCAACAACUUUGAACCAUUCAUAUUUGACAGAGGUAGGAAAGCAUGAAUCUGAAGAAAUUCUAUUGGAAGCCAAAGCCGACACCCAAAAUGGUAUCCUUCAGAGCUUGGAAAGAAAAAGCUCCCGAGAAAUUAGUUUGAGUGAUCAACUUGAACACAAGAGUUUGCAUACUUCAGUUCUGAAGAAGAAUGACCAAAUUAUGAACUUGUCAGUGGGUUCAGAUGAUUCCGACAGGAAGCAUAUCACGGGAGAUCAUUCACGCCGGACGUCAAUUCCAGAGGGACAUGAAGCUUUGAAGGAGCCUUCAAUUGUGGAAAUCAGUGCCCAGAAUUCAGGGGGGAAAUUUGUUGAGGAGCUCAAUAUCAACCAUUCAACUUCCAUCCUGGAUAAGAUUUUUGGAAGUGCCAUUGCAAAUCUCACCGACCCUGUUGCUCCAGUUAUGAAUGAAGGUAGUAAACCCAGUGACACAUUAAAUUCCAAAGCUGUUCAAUCAUCGAAAUUUGCUCAUUGGUUUUCUGAAGAAGAGAGGAAGCAGGAAGCUGAUCCUUCAUCAAAUAGGCCUAGUGAUCUGUUUGCGUUAAUUGUUGGUGGCGAUAAAAACAGAACACAACCUUUUGAGGCUAAUGCUUCAGAUCAAUUGCCAUCAGAAUUCUCCUAUAAUAGUCCUGAUCCUAUAAGUAAGUUUGUCUCGAAUUUACCUUCUUCGCCGCUUGGGGGGCCUGACCCUGCAUACAAGUCCAGUGAAAAGGAGGCAGCACCCACCAUUCUUACUUGUGAAGACCUUGAGCAUACAAUGUUAUCAGAGUUCAGCGAAAAGAAGUCUAAUUCACAGCCACAAGGCUGGAGUGCUAAUCACCCAAAGCCUAAAGAACCUGUAAUUGUGGAUAGCCAGGCAUCUCAACACCUCCUUUCGUUAUUACAGAAGAGGCCAGAUCAUGGAAAUGUGACACAGAAGUCCAUUGCUGGCAUUGAAUCCUUGGAGGCACAUGGUGAUAUUACCGUGCAAGACAGUUCUAAGAAGGAAGAUAACAAGGAUACACUCACACUUGAAUCGCUCUUUGGAACUGCUUUUAUGACGGAAUUACAAUCUGCACAAGCUCCAGUUUCAGUUCAGAGGAUUUCCGUUGGAUCUGGACUGAAUGUUUUUCUGGAAGCUCAAAAGUCAUCCUUCCCUGGUUCUGAUGAUACCCUUUCUUCGUCCAUAAUUGAUGAUAUUGGACUCAGAGGAGCAACAAAGGAGAAUAUUGUCUUACCUUCAAAUGGCAGAGAUCACACAAAGCAGGAUAAGGCAGAAAACUGGUUGGGAUUCAAUGAUUCUCUGUUUGAAGUCAACUCCUUAAAGAGCCAGACUGAAGCGGUCUCCAGAAAUGGUGAUUAUCGGGCUGGUGAGAGCAUAUUUAGUGUUGGUGAUAAUUCAGUACCUCAGGUCUCAACGUUUAUGCCAGCAGGAAAUAUGAGUAAAGGUGACCUGGUGACUGUUAAUUCAGUUGGCAGUGAUCAGAGGUCUUUGGUGGGUCCAGGAGCACUGCCCUUUCCACGGGUUUCUCAUGACCAGAUAGAGUCUGAGAUGCUGUUUCACCAUCGUCAUGCUCAACCAUCAUCUUCUCAGUUUCAUCCUUUGCAAAUGAACCAAGGGAAGCCAUUACUUCAUCCAUUGGAUUCUCGUCCUGCUCAUUUGAACUCUCAGAUUUUCUCUGGUCCAGAGGGCAUGACUCAACACGAUGCUCUUCCGGGUCAUCAAUUUGCUGGAAAUAUGAUGAGACCUCCUUUUCACCACCCUAAUGCUAGGGUGACGGGGUUUGAUCUUCCUGCUCAUCAUCCUAUGCUGCAGCAGCAGAUGCAAAUGUCUGGACCUCACCCCCCUCAUCUGCUACAUGACCGUCUAAGUGGUGGUCCAGUUCCUUCACAUUCCAGUAAUCAGGCAGCUGGCUUUGUGCAUGAAGCUAACCCGAUGCAAGGGUUCCCUUUUAAGCCUCACCAAGUCAAUGUUAAUGGGCUUGGGAUGCAAAUGCCAGGGCCAGAUAUCAACAGCAGAAACAAUCAUCCUGAUGCUCUGCAAAGACUUAUUGAGAUGGAGCUUAGGGCUUCUAAGCAGAUUCACCCUUUUCCUGCUGGGCGUGGACAGGGGAUGUAUGGCCACGAGCUUGACAUGGGACUGCGACAUAGAUAGUUGGCCAUGUGAGGUUAACGUUUUUCAUGUGGUACUGAUAGACCAUCACUUAUGGGCAAGUAUUUGGUUAGUAUCAGGUGAAAUGACGUAAUCCUUAGAUUCUACUUUCUGCUACUAGGUGGGGUUUAGGGUUGCUUGUCUGUCAUCUUACAUACGCCAGUGAGGAGUGGCAGGAAAGGUCCUCUGUAUCAACAUCUCUUACUAUAUUGUGUAAACAUGGUUGUGCAAAUUCUUGUCAGUUCUUCUUGA